GUUAAAUUUAACAUCCACGCUGAUAUGACAGCAAGUUAAUCGCUGGACUUUGAACCUCUGUGUACUUUAAUUAAUAGACUGGUCCUGCAUGUAUUAGUUGACUCUGCUCGAAUAGAGCUUUCAGUUUCGUUUAUGCUCGCUAAUGCCAAGAUCGGGGAAAAUCUGCAGUGUCAUUAAGGAUGUGCUUUGCUGUCCUUGCUACACAAAAACUGAAAAAAAACCUUUCAGCAUAUAUAUGCAUAUAUAAAAGCUGAAAUGUUUUUUUCCCUUAUGCAGUGCCUGUCCUACGCAGCAGUCUUGUAUUAUGAGUAUAAAAAUGGGUAGGAGACAAUCACAUUUUAGUACGACACUCGGUUUAUAUGAAGGUCGGUAAUAAAAGGCUGGGGACCCGUUUUCCGACACCGAUCGCUGUUUUCCUUCGGACUUGGCAGCAGCGCAAAGAGCGCAGCUACGCGGCAGACAGAUCCCCUUCCGGAGCGGCGCUGAGCGCAUCCCGCUGCUCUGCCCGCAGAUGCAGCGACGCCUGCGCCUGUCAUCCGCGCCGGACCCAGGACGAUGUCCCUGCGCGGAAUCGUGCACAAAAUACGGCUUACCCUGAGUAUUAAUGAAGGGAGUAUCUGAGACAAAGAAUGUCUUAAACCCUGACGGGAAAUGCUGUCUCGGCUAAGCUCAAGGACUUUGGAGGAGUGCUCUAGCGUGUCCUACCGCGGACGCCCACGCCCGUCCCGCAAGCAUCGCCCCGUCGUCAUGAGGGUGGCCGUCCUGCUUCUCUGCCUGGCUCUGCAGUGUACAGAGGGUGCAGUAGCAGAGCAGUGCUGGCAGGGGGCGACGUACUCGGAAAGCAUCGUCUCGCCCAACCUGAAGAGCGGCAACAUCCUGCGGGUGCCAGAGGCGCCGUCGGUAGGCCAGUGCGCCAAGGCCUGCUGUGAACUGCCAGGCUGCGACCUGGCGUGGCUCUUCGAGCGCCACUGCUACGUGCUGAGCUGCCAGCGGCAAGAGGGCUGCCAGCCUCGUCCAAGACCCGGCUCCGACUCCUACAUCACCUUCGUGCGUCGAGGCCCUGCAUCGCCACUUGUGCUGCAGUCCCUCGUCCGUGGGCAGCCUUACCCGGGUCGCUGGAGACCCCUGUCACGACCCAAAGGGCCCGCUGCCGUCCUCAGGGACCUGGCCCUCUUCGAUGGGACGCGAGACUUGAGUGACCUCGAUCCCACGUGGACGGACGUGGAGUACUCUGACAGGAGUUUGGAAGAUGGCGGCCGAUUCGGCAUCGCGGUGAAGAGCGGACCUGAGGCAGCACGGACGGAACAGAAGGAGAGCUCUGGCUACCUGGACUGGCUGCCUCUUCUAAACAUGACGGAUAUGGGGGGCGGCUCGGUGGAGAGGGAAUCUGUGCAGGACGCUGCCCAGGACGGCCCAUCUCUUCUCAGCUCCCCCCCUACAAACGGGAUACCCGCCACUGAACCAGCCCCUACCUCUGACCCUGCAGUGUCCCCAGCCACACAGAACCUCACUAGCGAGGAGCUGCCUGCCAACGCCUCGUCCGUGCAGAUGCAGCCCACGAUGUUUCCCCAAGAUGGUCCCACUGACCCUCCCCCUCAGCGCCAAAUUACCACUUGCCUUCCCACUGGGAGUUUGCCCCCUGUCCUGAAUCGGACCAUUCCCACCGGCGCCCCACAGAAAGUGGGAACCCUGCUGGUUUCGGCAGGAGACCCUGUGGAGGUGACGCUACCCAUGAGCACUGUGGAACUGGGAGCCAUUGUGGUUCCUGAGCCCCAGACAGAAAGCACAUACUCUUAUGACUGGAGUUUACGCAGUUAUCCUAAUGGCCACCAGGGGGAGAUGGAGGGCAUGCACAGCAAGACAGUGAAGCUCUCAGGGCUUUCCGAAGGUGUGUACGUCGUCAGAGUGGCCGUCACGGGGGACCACGGGGCCGGAGACGCCCUCGUGAAUGUCACCGUGAAAGCUGCUGCCCGUGUGAACCAGCCCCCGAGAGCCGUGGUCAUCCCCCCCGCCCAGGACGUCCUGCUCCCUGCCCCCUUGGUCUCCAUCGAUGGCAGACGGAGCACAGACGAUGUUGGCGUGGUGACCUACCGCUGGGAGGAGGUGAAAGGGCCACCACGCAGAAGCAAGGCCUUCGCUGACACCCCCCUGCUCCACCUCUCGGACCUGGAGCCUGGAGACUACACCUUCAGCUUGACAGUGAUGGACUCUGAUGGGCUGAGUGACUCCACCAUGGCCACCGUCAGAGUCACCACGGCCCCCGAUCUGCCCCCGGCGGCCGACGCGGGCCCCAAUGUGACGGUCACGCUCCCGCUGGACCGUGUCACCCUGUGUGGGAACCGGAGCAGCGACGACCACGAGAUCGUCGGCUACCUGUGGAGCCUGAGCCCGGGGAGCUGGGCCGAGAGGCCGACCAUGCGGGGUGCCCGGACAGCCCUGCUCCAGCUCUCGGACCUGCGCCAGGGACAGUACCCCUUCCUGCUCACUGUCACUGACUCGGCCGGCCAGCAGGCCUCAGACGGGGUGACGCUCAGCGUACAGGCAGAGAGGAACGCCCCCCCCGUGGCAGUGGUUAGCCCCCACCAGCUGCUGACCCUCCCCAUAAGCAGCACCAGGCUGGACGGCAGCAGGAGCACGGAUGACCGCGGGAUCACGGCCUUCCACUGGGGGGCGCUGAGUGGUCCCUCCGGGCUGACAAUGGAGGACUCUGACAAGGCUGUAGCCCUGGUAUCAGGCUUCCAGGCUGGUCACUACACCUUCAGGCUGACAGUGGAGGACCAGCAGGGGGCGACAGACAGCGCCUACCUUAACGUCACUGUAUGUGAAGGUGUAAAGCAGCCCCUCUCAGUCCACACCAGUGGGGGCCACACCUUGGUUCUGCCCAACAACUCUGUAGUGCUGCAGGGAAAUGUCUCUGGUGCUGAGCCGGACUCGGUGUCCUACCUGUGGGUCCGGGAUGGGCAGAGCCCAGCAGCAGGGGACGUCCUGUACGGCUCGGAGCGCUGGCACUCCCUGCACACACCGGUAACACACUGUGGCCCCCAGGACGUCCUGUACGGCUCGGAGCGCUGGCACUCCCUGCACACACCGGUAACACACUGUGGCCCCCAGGAC